AGCACUUGGAGUCAGUGUCAAAUUGGGGCAAAAGUUUAUUUACAGCGAAUACAAACAUAACAAGGAAUUUCUUUUAUUAAAGUAAUAUUUUCUGAAUGAUGGCAGCAGCAAAAAAACUUCAUGGAAGGGAAUUUUAUAAAAAACUUGGGUGUCCCAAGCGGAUAUUGGCUCCAAUGGUAGAUCAAAGUGAAUUGCCCUGGAGAAUAUUGGCAAGAAGAUCAGGCGCCGACUUGUGUUAUAGUCCUAUGUUUCAUUCUAGGCUGUUCAGUGAAAGUGAGGAUUACCGUAAGAAAAUGUUUUCUACUCGAGACAUUCCUGAAGAAAAACCCCUAAUAAUUCAAUUUUGCGGUAAUGAUCCAGAAAUUAUGCUGAAAGCAGCCAAGUUAGCAGCUCCUUAUUGUGAUGCUGUAGAUUUGAAUUUGGGUUGUCCCCAGGGUAUUGCAAAAAAGGGUAAAUAUGGGUCCUUCUUGCAAGACAACUGGCCCGUAAUUGAAUCUAUAAUUAAAAGGCUUCAUGAAGAACUACCAAUUCCUGUAACCGCCAAAAUUCGCAUUUUUCCUGAUCCCAAAAAGACGUUGGAAUAUGCAAAAAUGAUUCUCAAUGCCGGUGCUUCAUUCCUAGCAGUUCAUGGACGUCUCCGUGAGCAAAAAGGACAUUUUACUGGAGUGGCUGAUUGGCAGCAAAUUAGUAUGCUCCGUGAAAACCUCCCUGCUGAUACCGUGUUGUUUGCCAAUGGCAAUAUUCUCCAUGCAAGUGAUAUCGACCGAUGCAUUGAAGCUACUGGUGUAGACGGUGUUAUGUCGGCGGAGGGAAGCUUAUAUAAUCCAAAAAUUUUCCUCCCUUUAAAUACCCCUUUGAAUAUACUAUAUCCUCGUGUCGAUGACAUCUGUGAUGAAUAUUUGAACAUUAUACGUGAAUUCGAUCUUCAUACAGAUUAUAGCACCCUUUCUGGCAUCAAAGGUCAUAUGUUCAAGUUAAUGAGACCCUUAUUGAGCAUUCACACGGAUAUCCGAAGCAUGUUGGCGACUGAAUGUACGCCUCGUGAUUUUGAGAGCUUUCCUCGUGCGGUAGCUGCUCUCCGAAAGCGUUUAGAUGAAUGCAAAGAGAAGGGUGAAAUUUGUGAUGAAGAAGAACCGAAUGAGGAGAAGAAGGAUGAACUAGGAUAUCCCAAGAUUCCUUGGUGGCGCGUCCAACCUUACUUUCGGCCUCUUACAGAACCGUCUGUGACUAAACGAAAGCUCGAAGAAGCGCCAGUUUCAGAAGCUCCUGCUAAGAAAUUGAAUGUAGCAGUUUGAGAAUGUGGGUUAAAAUAGCAUUCUUUUGUAGAAAGCAGAAAAUGAGAAAAGAAAAAUAGUGGGAAGUUUUGGAUAUUGAUUUUGUUAGAAUAAAUAGGCUGUAUAAUAUUGUUAUUGAAUUAACUUCUAGGAGC